GACACUUUUGUUGAUCUAACGUCAAAAGUAUUUUUAACAGUAUACACAAGUUGUUUAUUAUCAGACGGUUUAAAACUGAAUAUAGGACUUCGUAAUUUGCAAAUAUUUCUCAAUUACCGUUGCCUCGGUUGCAACUUUGAACAAAUGCAGACUGGUAAUGGCCCAGCUAUUACUAGCUUGUAUGCAGGAAAAUUUAGUGGGGUUUUCUCUUAAAAUUGGUCUGUCGACCAUUAGGUUACCAUAGUAAUUAUGAGCCACCUGCAUAUAUAAAUUGCUUCAGAGUAAAGUACCCAUAUUUUAUUCCCAACUUUCAAAAAGAAAAAUAUACAAUGGCCUUUCUUUACAAUGUAUUAUUCGUGGUUUCGCACAUUGUCACUGCUACUCAGCAAAACGUUGAAUAAAGAAAGCAAAAAAACUCCAAGAAAACAUAUAUUUACCUUGGACAGAAGGACAGCAUUAGAUUUUAUUUGUGUGAAAAUGUCAAAUAAGUCACUUCAAAGACAAAACGUGUUACAUGAAAAACCUAAAGUUUAGCAUACAUUGUAAUCAAAUGAGAUGAUUAAGAAACUUUUCCCUUUGUGCUCAAGCAUAUGUUAUGGUUCGGGCUGACUUCUGGAACACGACAGAAAAUAUAUUUUCCUAUAAGAAACAUUAAGAAAAUAGUCCGUUUCGUGCACGUAGAGGCGCUGUUCCUCUGUCAGACAUGCAUAUGUGGCGUCACGAUCGCCGUGACAUUCAUCAUUUCAUUAGACGGCAGAAUCGAAACGAACAGCUCCUGGUGCUGAAUGAGUUCGGAUUUUUGGAAUUUUUAGGUUUCCGCAAGUACAUUUAGUUUGGGAUUUUAACUAACCCGUCGUGUUCGUUUGAAAUUCUGCGCGAAUGGGUUUGAAAUUACACUGAGAAACACAAAGAUCUGGGAUAACAAUGGAGGUUUUUAUCAAUUCUGGACACUGGAAAAGGUACGUGUCGGCAAUUCUGUUGUUCUUUGCCACCUUAAAUUCCACUUCAGCUGUAACACACUAUUCUGUUCCCGAGGAACUCGAAGAAGGCUCUGUCGUCGCAAAUCUUGCUGGAGAUCUGGGACUCGAUGUAAAGACAUUAGUAGAACGGCAAAUGCGCUUAGAAAUAAUUGCCAACAGGAAAUAUCUGGACAUGAACAAAGAAACAGGGGAGCUGUACAUUGUUGAACGAAUUGAUCGAGAGUCUCUCUGCCCCGCCAAGACGUCAUGUUAUCUGAAAAUGGAAGCAAUAAUCGAAAACCCCAAGCGAAUAUUUUAUAUCGAGCUAGAGAUACUGGACAUAAAUGACAAUGUACCUCAUUUUAGAAGAGACACGAUCGAUUUGGAUAUUUCAGAAGCUACGCAGGCUGGUGAGCGUUUUUCUGUGAGCAAUGCAGUUGAUCCAGACGUUGGUUCAAACUCUGUGAAAACAUACCACUUAAGCGAAAGUGAUUUUUUCACUAUAGAAAUUCAAACGGGAAGAGAUGGGUCAAAAUUUGCCGAUCUGAUCCUGAAAAAAAGGUUAGAUCGGGAGAAGCAGGCUGUUCAUUAUUUAAUACUUACAGCUGUAGAUGGCGGUGUGCCAAGUCGAUCUGGCACUGCCAGCGUUAUCGUUCAUGUUUUAGACACAAAUGACAACGCCCCUAAAUUUAAAGAAGAGAACUAUCAAGUCAGUGUAUUAGAAAACUCUCCCAUUGGAAGUCUUGUUAUUCAUCUGAAUGCAACAGAUUUAGACAAAGGGUCAAAUUCUGAUUUAACGUAUUCAUACAGUUUGUAUACAUCGGAGAAAACGCAAGAAACAUUUAAUUUAAACCCAAAUACAGGUGAGAUUACUGUGAAAGGAGUAUUGAAUUAUGAAGAUUUACGAAUUUACGAAAUGGAAAUUAUAGCGAACGACAAAGCAGCCAGUCCACUGUCAGGACAAUGUAAACUCAAAAUUCUAAUCGAAGAUAUGAAUGACAACCACCCAGAAAUAUCCAUUAAAUCAUUUCAGAGUCCUGUCAAUGAAAACAUAGAAUUAGACACUGUGAUAGCUGUACUCAGUGUCAGUGAUAAAGACUCAGGUGAUAAUGGAGUGGUGGAUCUUCAUAUUCCACAAAAUAUGCCUUUCAAACUGAGGGAGUCCUCUGAUAACUAUUAUCAAUUAGUAGUUUCACAGCCAUUAGAUCGUGAGAAAGUCCCAGAAUAUGACAUCACCUUCACUGUCACAGACAGAGGCUCUCCUCCUUUAUCUGACAAUGAAACUAUGACGUUAGAGCUGCUGGAUGUUAAUGACAAUGUCCCACAGUUCCCUCAGUCAUUUUAUACCAUACGUGUCAUGGAGAAUAACGCACCUGGAGCCUUGCUCAGCUCUCUCACUGCGUUUGACCCUGACCUCCAUGAAAACCAGUAUCUGGUUUACUUCAUAUUAGAGAAGGAGAUAGCCAACACCUCCAUGUCCAUGCUGUUCUCCAUCAAUCCAGAGAACGGGAACCUUUAUGCACUGAAGACUUUUGAUUAUGAGAUCGAGAAGGAGUUUCUGUUCCACAUUGAGGCCAGAGACUCUGGAUCUCCUCCUCUCAGCAGCAACGUGACAGUUCACGUCAUCAUUGUGGACCAGAAUGACAACGCUCCGGUCAUUGUGUCUCCGUGGCGAGCGCACGGCUCGGUGGUGGAGGACAAGAUCCCCAGAUCCACCGAUAAAGGCUCCCUGGUAGCCAAGGUGAUAGCCUUGGACACGGACUCAGUGCACAACUCUCGGAUCACCUACCAGUUUCUGCAGGUGACUGACGCCACCUUGUUCAGUCUGGACCAAUACAACGGAGAGAUCCGGACCAUGAGGAUGUUCAGUUACAGAGAUCCACGCCACCAGAGACUGGUUGUUGUUGCCAAGGACAACGGAGAUCCUGCUCUGUCUGCUACAGUCACCAUCAAGCUGUCCACAGUGGAGACUGCAGUGAAGGCCUACUCUGACAUGACUGAGGUGCCUCUGGAAUAUGACAUCUUUUCUGACCUCAACCUGUAUUUGGUCAUCGGUCUGGGCUCCGUCUCAUUCCUGCUGCUCAUCACCAUACUGGUCACCAUCGUGCUCAAGUGUCAGAAGCCCAAACCCAGCAAAGCUGCUCCUCCCAGCAGGAACAGUGUGAUCAGUGAGAGGAACUCCACUGUGGCAGAUUCCACUCUGGUCUCCAAUGAUGCCUACUGGUACAGUCUGUUUCUGGCAGAGACCAGGAAAGGAAAGCUGGUGGUCAGACAGCCUGUACCAAAGGGCUCCAGAUACAUUGUGUCCAGUAUACCGAGAGGGACAGGACUGACAGAGACUAGUGACUCAGCAGCUUCCACUCUGCAGGUAUGACAAAAGUUAAAUUCACUCUUUAUUUUUUGUGGUACUUCACGUUCAAUUCAUGGUCAUUUAGUAUUUGAGACUAUGACGUUCCAAAGCAAGGAUGAAGGGGGAAACAAAUCAACCAACAUAUUUUCUUUCAGUAUUAUGUGCAACAGCCACUUACACUGACCUGCCAUUACGCUAAAACAUGAUUGCUUUAAAAAAAAAAAAAAAAAAAAAAAAAAAAAUUUUAAAA